AUGAAUCUUCUACCUAAAUCACGAGAAGAAUUCAGCAAAACAGAAUAUUGGAACACAUUUUUCAAGAAAAGAGGAAAUAAAGCUUUCGAAUGGUAUGGAGAAUACCCUGAACUUUGUGGGCACCUGCACAAGUACAUCAAACCUCAAGAUUCAGUUUUGGUAGUGGGAUGUGGCAACUCAAAACUGAGUUCAGACUUGUACGAUGUGGGCUACAGGAAAAUUAUUAACAUCGAUAUCAGUGGGGUUGUCAUUAAGCAAAUGUUACAAGCACAUUCCCAGCAGCGUCCAGAUCUUCAGUUUGUGCAGAUGGAUGUGUUAAAAAUGGAAUUUGAAGACUCUAAAUUUAAUGUUGUUCUUGACAAAGGAACUCUUGAUGCUCUCAUGAGUGAUGAUUCCCCAGAAUCAAUUGAUCGAAUUGACACUAUGUUUAAUGAAGUUGAAAGGGUUUUAAAGGUCUGUGGAAGAUGGGUUUGUGUGUCCUUGCUUCAAGACCAUGUUUUGAGGGCAAUUUUACGAUUUUUUCCCUCACGAGGAUGGAUGGUGAGGAUUGCACGAUGCAUUGAAGCUGAGCAAAAAACUGCCGCAGAAGGAGAGUCAAGUGGCCUCCCAGUGUUUGUCAUAAUUUGCACAAAAAUGGUCAAAAUGCCUAAUUUUACUCCCGUGUUGGAGUUGCAUCUCAGCGCUGAUGGUAAGGGAGAGCGAUUCUCCAGUCCUGAAGCUCUCACCGAUGGAGUCCACACAAUCCAACAAGCUGCACUAGUGUGCAGUCGUCUGGGCACUACCAAUGUUGUCAAAGAUGGUGAAAUCUGCUUGGACCUCAUGAAACCUGGUACUUCUUCACCACGAUUUUCUGUAUAUGUAUGUGAUAAGCCUUGUGCCAAUGAAGCCACUCGCAAAUUUGCUGCUUUUGUUGUUCCUCAAGGAAGAGAAACAGAGUGGCUGUUUGGUACACCAGAGGGUAGAGCUUCAUUACAAACCUCUGUUGGCUACGACAGGUUGGCCAUAAUCACAAUGCACCGAGGUCACACAUAUCCAUCUCUUGAAGAACUGCAGGAGGAAUUAUCUGAAUGCAUUCUACAAGUAGCACCUGCAGGCCACAACAGGAAGAUACCUUUCCUGUCAGCGGGGCAAGAUGUUGGAGUGCGGACCAUAGUGCACAAAGCCAAUAGCCUCAUAUCUGGGGAUAUUCUCAUUGAGGAAGUGGAAGUUGAAGAUGAAGUUUUUCGCAGAUUAAUUUUCUUGAAAAACCCAAAUGUUAUCCAAUCUGAAUGUAGGCUUAAAAGAGUCAAAUCUAAGAAGGGGCCCAUGAAAUAUGUUGUUGAUACAACCUAUUUAGGCUGUGAUCAUCAUGUGUACAUGGGUGUUGGAGUCUCACUGGCACUCAAAACUGCAAUCAAUGCUGGGAACAUACUAAUAAUUGGUCUUGGAGGUGGUGGUUUGUGUACGUAUCUACAUAGCUGCUUCAAACAGGCAAUAAUUGAAGCAGUAGAUAUUGAUCCCUUAACAGAGAACAUUGCCAAAGAAUAUUUUGGUCUUCCAGUAAAUGAUAAAAUCAAGUUGCAUUUUGAAGAUGGCUUAAAAUAUAUGGAUACCUUGUCAAAAACUGGUAAAACAUUUGAUGCAGUUCUCUUUGAUGUGGACAGUAAAGACUCAUCUUUGGGUAUGAGCUGUCCUCCAAGGGAAUUUCUUGAAAGUGAUGCACUAGAUUCUGUUGUGAAAUUAAUUGGUGAUCAAGGACUUUUCAUUCUGAAUCUGGUAUGUCGAGCUGAAGGAUUACAGAAGGAAGUGAAGGCUAUGUUAAGAAGUAAGUUCUCUUGCAUUCGAAGCUACAAGCUUGAGCAAGAUGUCAAUGAAGUCUUAUUCUGUUCAACUAAAGUUCAAAAGGACAAAGAUGCAUUGCGAUUAGAAGUGAAAUCUGCUGCGCAAAACUUUAAUUCAAUUGUAAAGGAUAACAAAAUCCAAAGUAGAAAUGUUGUUGAUGUCACAGAUCUUGUGAAGAAAUUGAACAUAUCUUAGGAAUGUCUCCACUUACAUAUUUCAAACAUGAAUU